UUGUAUACAUGUUCAAAUGUAGUAUUUGUUUUCUAGUGCAUGAAUUAGGACAGACCUUAAGCUAAGUGUGGUUACUGAAUCGAAUCACAAAUAUAGGACUACUACUGCUUUACAACAAAAGUCGACAUAAAUCCAUUGAGUUUAUCAAUGCAAAUAACAUUUUAAAUUUACAAAAUAGGAACAGGUGAUACACGCUUUGCAAAUUGAGGAAAAUCACGGGGAUUUUAUCAUCCUUUUAGAGAACAAAACAUUAAGGAUAAUUUGAGUGAGACACUAAUUCGACGAAAUUAAGAUAUAGGAAUGUAAAUAUUGGUCGGAAACUUUCACAUUAAACAAAGAAGCAUUUAGGUUUAAAGGGUUAUAGAAGUGUUAAGUAACGUUUGUUUCAAGAAUGGAGGUGAACAGUGUACUUGUGACUGGAGCUAACCGAGGUCUUGGACUGGAGUUCGUGAAACAGUUUCUGUCCCUUCCUAACUCUCCAAAACACGUGUUUGCAGGAUGCAGAAAUCCAGACAAAGCAGAGGCUUUACAUGAGCUACAAAAGAUUCACAAAAACUUGACAGUGAUCUUUAUAGAUCUAAACGACACGAGUAAACUUGAAGAAACAGUCAAGGUUGUCCAAGAAAAAAUGGGUGAAGGCCAAGGACUGAAUAUUCUUCUUAACAAUGCUGCUGUUGCAUGUGGCGACAAUCUAGAGAAAGUCAACCAAGAAUCGAUGAUCGACAACUUUAGAAUAAAUGCGCUUGGUCCAUUAAUGGUUUCAAAGGCUUUCCUUCCGCUGCUUCGGUCUGCGGCGUCACGAGGAGGCUGCUUGUCUGUAACAAAUGCGGCGAUAAUUAACAUCAGUACUGGUGUGGCCUCCAUAACUGAGAACGACUCCGGUGGAGGUUAUCCCUACAGAACAUCAAAGGCUGCUCUGAAUAUGAUAACAAAGAACCUGAGUGUCGAUUUGAAGAAGGACAACAUUCUAGUUGCGGCAGUUCACCCAGGAUGGCUGAAGACAGACAUGGGAGGAACAAGGGCUACCAUGGAAACUGACGAGAUGGCGAGAAAACUCAUAGACCUAAUGGCAACCUUUCAGAGCGAGGAUUAUACUGGAAAAUUGUACCAUUUUAGCGGAAGAGUUAUGCCGUUCUGAUCUGUAUUUGUAUUGAUGAUGCAAUAGUUAUACUUCGUUCGUUUUAAAGGAGUACCUUAUACUAUGAUGACGUACUUUAAUUGUUUGAACAGAUCAAUCAUGCUAGUGUAGUUUUGCCAUUAUUAUAAGACGCCGCCGUGAGGCCGAGUCUACAAGGAUUCAUGUUUACAAGUUUCAAUAAAUAAGGGUAUUUGUUUGAAUUUUUAGAUUUUACGAAACGUGAAAACUUAUAAUAUAUGAAGUAAAGAAACCCUACUGGUUUAAUAUGUUAUAUACCUGUUCAUGUCAUAUUUUAAAAUCACUUAAAUGUGUAAAUUUUAUGCAUGUUACCCUUUUUCCAAACACGAUAGAACUGUAUAUAUUCACACUUAAACCUUUACAGCUGCGUCUGUUGAUGUCUUGCAUAGAAUUUCGAACUUUUAAUGUUUGAAAACAAGUAUAACAUUGUGGUUGAUAGUUUUAAAAUAUAUUCAAACUCUUAUUGAACUCAUGAUGUUGCUUAUCUGACCAUCACCAAAUUUGUUGUCAGGUGCUUUGGGUUUCUUGUUUGUUUAUCUGUUUUGUCAAUGCUACCAAUGCACAUAAUCAGAGUAGUUUUAGGGAUACUGGGUAAAUUGCAUUGCUUUAACAUUCCCCUUAAUAAUCGGUUUUUAACAGAAGUUAAUUAUUUUGAUAUUUGUAAAUGAACUAAACAACUAUUUAAAUCAGCAAAUGACCGUUUUAUUAUUACAAUAAAUCAAUUUAAUAUGUA